AUGGGGGAUUUUGCUGAGAUAGUAGAUUCUAAUAAUUUUGAUAUUGUCGGCGUUACGGAAACCUGGUUUAACGAUGACGUGAAUUCGGCUGAUGUGUCACUACCUGGUUUUAAGUUGAUCCGCAAUGAUAGGGUAGGUAGGGGUGGUGGUGUAUGUGUGUUUGUGAGAGAGCAUUAUAAGAUCAAAGUAAUUGAUAUGGACUUCGAAUCCGAGAGUCCUGUGGAAUGUCUUUGGAUACAGCUGAGUAUUCGAAAAUUGAGUAUUGUGAUUGGUGUAGUAUAUAGACCUCCAAAUCGUAGAAAGCGUAAGUCCAAGUUUAGUUCUUUCGUUAACGACGUUGAUCUGAUGUUGAAUUAUGUGUGUCCUAUGGCUGAUUGUGUUUUUUGUAUUGGUGACGUCAACGUCAACCUGCUGAAUUCAUCAAACCCUCUGUCUGAAUGUUUUUCCUCCUAUGGAUUUGAUCAAAUCAUCCAGGAGCCAACAAGAGUUACUCUAACAUCGAGUACGCUAUUGGAUCCGAUUUUUGUGAAAUGUCCGGCCAACUUCAUGGGAGUGAGUGGAGUUAAGAACAUGUGUCAUAUUAGCGAUCAUCGCUUAGCGUUCUGUGAGUGCUACGUACCUGGUUCGAAGAGGGUGCAAAAGUUUAUAACUUAUAGGGACUUCGAUGAUUUUGAUUGUGAAGCUUUCCUUUCAGACUUGAGAUCGGAAAGGUGGCACUCAUUCACCCGCGAACCUAAUAUAAAUAAAAAAGUGCAAAUCUUCAAUGACAUCUUACUGAGCGUUUAUGACCGCUAUGCUCCUGUUAGACGAAGGAGAAUCUCUAAGCCUAGAGCGACCUGGUUGACUGAACGGCUCAGGGGGUUGAUGAGGAAGCGGGACCGAGCUUUUGCUACAUUCAGGCGGUCUGGUUCAGCGGACGAUUGGAAUGAGUAUAAGAGAAUGAGAAAUGGUACUCUGGCUGAGAUUAGACGUAGCAAGAAGUCAUAUCUCUUGGCUGCUAGUUCUGAUGGUAAUGAAGCUGUCUGGAAGGCUUUGAAGUCUCUGAAUGUUGCUAAGGUUAAUGCAAGGGCUAUUCCAGAUUGCUUAAAGGAUGCGGAAUCUAUUAGUGAUUUUUUCUCAGCAUUCAAUGGUGUUGCAGGUGAUGAUGCGUGUACUGAUAAGAUUUCGUAUUAUAACAGCAAUAGUAAUAGAACUGAGCCAUCAUUCCAUUUCAAAAUUGCUUCGUUGGAACAGAUAAGGACCAUCAUGACUGGAAUUCGAACUAAAGCCGUGGGCGACGAUGAUGUAACGCUGGAUAUGCUCGUUCAUGCGUUUCCAGUAAUAGAGUCGUAUGUUCAGCAUCUGGUCAAUAGCUGCAUAGUGGCCGGUGUGUUUCCUGUACAGUGGAAGUGCGCUAUUGGUAUACCGCUUCCGAAAACAGUGGAGCCUACUUCUUGUUCGGAUUUGAGGAUCAUCAGUAUUCUGCCACUUUUGUCUAAGGUGUUGGAGAAGGUUUUGUCUGAUCAGAUUUCGGAGUACGUCAAUGACUUCAAUUUGCUACCAUCGUACCAGUCUGGCUUUCGCAGGAAUCACACAUUACUCUUGUCUCCUUUUUUGAAUAUGGGCGUCACCAGUGCACUUCGCCAAGUUGAAGGCAAGCGAGAAGUCUCAAACGAUCGUGUGAACAAUAGGGAGAGAGGGUAUGAAAGGGAUUCAGCACAUUCCUUCAAAAGUUUGGCAGAGAAACCAUCAGGACCCGGCGAAGAGUUGACAUCUAGGGCAGAGAGGUGUGCUUCAACGACAGAGGGAGUAAAACUUAUUAUUUCUGCGAUCUCCGAAGAAUUGUAUGGACCAAUAGGUUUAGGUAGAUUGGUAGAUCCCCUGGUGAAGGAGGAGGCAAAACAAUCCGCCAGUACAUUAGCGGAUUCUUCGGGGCCGGUGGACGGUUGA